AGAUUGCACAUCACUAAUAUUGGGACCGUUUCCCACACUGAAAAUUGACAAUCACAAAAAGAAUUUGCAAUCAUUUAUAGUUAAUGUGGUCAUGGCUGAUGAGACGGACCUCGAAUUCCAACGUGGUCUAUUGACCCGCAAAAUGGAAGCUGGCCAGGAUGUCGUCAUGGAAACUAAUCAAGCGGCGGUGCUUCGCAAUGUGGAUGUGCCGAAAGCUAAGUAUCACUUUGUUGUUCUACCCAAGGAGGAUAUUGUUAAUGUGACAGCGCUAUCGCGUAAACAUUUGCAUCUGCUGGACCAUAUGUUGGAGCUGGCCGUUCAGACCAUUGAACAGCAAACGCAAUCGCAAUUGAGUAAUUUUCUGAUUGGAUUUAAAAUGGAUGCAUUUAUGAAUCGUCUCAAUAUGCAUGUAAUUUCCAAGGAUUUCUGUGCGGAUACCAUGAGCCGAAUUCAGCAUUGGAAUACCUUCAAUACUGAAUUGUUUAUCACAUUUCAAACUGUCCACGCCCUCAUAAAUUUUAAAGGAUUUAUUGAACCCAUGUCACCGGAGCGGGCAGAGAGUUUGCGAAAAGCUUUUCCCGUUCAAUGCAACCAAUGCAGUUUCAAAACUGGUAAUUUUCCAAAGUUUAAGGAUCAUCUUGAAUACCACAGGCAGAGAAAAGAGAAAUAUCAAACUAAUUUGAGUGAAUCAAUGGCAAAAAUGAAUUUGAAUGGCAGUUGCAUGAAGAAGGGUCCCAAAUGUGGGCCUCGACCUCAAGGCUUUCGUCCACACUCCCAGCUAGGCUCAACAGAAGCAAAUCAAGCCCAUCCGAAUCCUUAUAGGAAAUUCUCAAAUAACCAAAAGAAAUCGAAUCCUCAAACAAACAAGUCAAAUGGGGACAAUUCCAAGAACAUUUCACCUAACUGAUUUGUUAUGUAGUACUAUAUAUGUAUGUUUAAAUUCUACUCAUGUUACUUAAUUGGUAUCACCUUUUGUGAAAAAGCUUUUCAUUAAAAAGCUAAAAACAAUCGUCUGAAAUGUCGGGGAAGUACCUAUGUAAUGUAUGUAUAUCCUUAGGACGUGGAUAAAUAUAGUAUACACUGAUUGUUGCAAUCAAAUUUACAUAUUCAAUUAAUAUGUAGGAAUACAAUUACUGCACAUUUUCGGAAAAUUUUAUAAUACAUUCUUAAAAUUACUUUUGUCGUAUGCUUGGCAUACAAAGAUUAAAGAAACCUUUGACAAAGGUCAAGGUUUUCGCUAAUGAUAAACAAAAAGCUACAUUUAAACCAAAAAAUAAAUAUGCUUU